AAUUUCAACCCUGAAAAUAUAUAAACGUGUAACCUUGACCAAGGUUUGAUGUUUCAUUUUUGUGAAUUAAAAGAUCCAUCGUAACUAGAAUAAUAUGAUGGUUGUAUAAAUUGUGUUAACGCAAAGAUCUUGUAAGACCUGUUCACUGUUAUACCCAAUAUGCCAAUUUGAUUCCCAAUAAAGUUGUGGUGCAUUCAAUAAAAAUGUCAAUAACAAAUAACUUGAUCAAAUUUCGAAAUCAGGAUUAUUGUGUUUUGAAAAAGGAGCAGCUAAACAGAGGAGUGAAGUUUGUUGAUGAUGAAUUCCCUGUAGAAGCGAUGCAUCUGGAAGGUCUUAAUACACCUGCUGGUGCUUUAAGCUUCUUGAGACCUUCUGAAAUUGUCUCAACUCCAUGUUUCAGUAGAAAUGAGUCUUACUUUAGUCUCAGGAGAGGCUUUAUCAAGAAUUUCAAUAUUCUUCUUGCAUUUACUGGUCUGAAAUAUAAUCAAAAGCACUGGUCUAAAGUACUUGUAGAUUUAAAAUCUCAAGAAUGGGAUGUUGAUCAUGUGAAUGAACAUCCUGGGAUUUUUCGCUUUCGAUUCUGGCAAGAAGGCACGUCAUUCGAAGUAGUAAUCGAUGAUUUACUGCCUUGCUAUGAAGGAAAGUGUAUAUGCUUGUCAUCUUCUAGCGCUGCAGAAUUCUGGCCAGCCCUUUUAGAAAAAGCUUAUGCCAAACUAUUAGGUGGAUAUGAUAAGUUGGAACAUAUUCGACUAGAGGAGAUUAUGAUGGAUUUGACUGGUGGUGUAACAGAGUCGAUCGGUCUACAUAAUCUCUCUUCUGCUCCAGCUAUGAAACAAGUUCUAUUCUUUGAACGAAUGGAACAAGACUUAAUCGAUGAUUGUAUAAUAAUAUUUUGUACAAAUGCCAAUGAACAGCAUGUUGACUCGGUUGAUGAGUCGUUGCCUCAAGUUUUUGGUGCGCCUAAUCCUCAUGAUUAUAUACCUGACAAAGAGUCUGGACUCUGUUUAAAUUAUGGUUAUUUAUUGACAAGAGUUUGUGCAGUUCCAAAGGAUCUUAGUGUUUUUGCCGCUUUCAAGGAUAUAUUUCGACGUGCUGGUGAUUGUCCUAUACAAGCUCGUUUAAUGCGUCUGCGUUGUCCUUUGACUAUGGUUGAUGGUGGCUGUGGUCAAGGUGAAUGGAAAGGACCCUACAGUUCAGCUUCCAGUGAAUGGGAUGAAAUAAACUUGGAAGCACGUAAACGCUUAGGAUUAACUUUUGACUCAGAAACAGAAUUUUGGAUGCCACUUGAAUCUGUUCUAGAGCAUAUGAGUGGUGUAUUAACAUGUCGUUUCCCCGAUACUAGUUUAGUCAGUCUAACUGGACGUCCAACUUGGCGUUUAUAUGAACAUCAUGGAGCUUGGUAUGGUCAUCAAACUGGUGGAAGUUUACAAUUUAGAAAAACCUUUUUAAAUAAUCCUCAAUAUUAUUUUGAUAUUACAAAUGAUUCAGAUGAAGUUCUGUUGUCACUUGUUCGUAAAUAUAAUCGUGAUCCACUAACUAUGGUUAUAGAACCAGAUUUAAGCGUAUUAUCUGUUGGUUUAGGCCUAUUUAAGAUUGAGAAAAACCGUCCUGUGAAAGCACAUACAGUAUCCUUCUGUCAGGUGAUUCAUGUAGAACCGUGUCGACCAUAUCGAGUUUGUCUUAUUCGUGCACGUUUAUCUGUGGGUCGUUAUUUAGUAGUCCCAUUCAUGGAACAACCUUUGUCAACAGCUGCCUAUUUAUUGAGACUAUACUUACCAAAACGUUCAGAAAGCAAAGAAUAUACUCUGGAUAUACCGCAUAAUGGUAUUUUGGAUUUCUUUUCUGGUAAACCAAAAGAAGCUGUCCGUCUACAUAUUCACAGUGCUACAAAUCUUCUAUGGCCUGAUGGGAAAAAUCCUCCAUCACCGUAUUGUAUUAUCAAGUGUGAAAAUGAAACUGUACACACAACUAUUUCACAAAGUAAUAAUAAUCCUGUGUGGGAUGAAUACUUUAUAUUCUAUCGUCGUAAAUUGAAUAAACCAAUUGUAAUCUGUGGGUGUCCAUCUAUGCAAUGUGGAUCGACAACAGAGGUCAAAGGUUAUUGUCAAUUAGUAACAAAGUAAAUCAAAGUGCAUGCAUAACAAAAAAUGUUUGAAAAGUUGAGAAUAAUCUUGCGUAAUUAAUUGAGUUGACAAAUAAUUUAGUUAGGUAAUGAAUAACCGUUUUGAAAAUAGUUAAUCAUAAACAAAAGAGAACAAAGGAUUGAAAAUAGGCCUCAAAAUCUAUGGAGAUAAUGAAAGACGGAUAACAUGCAGCUUUAUUGUACAGUGAUUCAGGGGAAACAAAAAUGGGAACAAUUUAGUACUAAGGUCACACACAGAUAAGAAAAGUGGCUGGAAACAGUGUUUGUGAACACAAAAUUCAAGCUUUUUCCUUGCAAACAAUUGCUAAGGCUUCGGUUGGAUGAAGAAGUUGUAGCCGAAAUCCUUUCCAACGACUUUAUCGUUCUAAAAGAAAUCAUGGAUAAACAUACUAUUGGUUUGAUGUAUUCCUUGGACGGCAUAGUUUCACAGAUGCAGAAUUAGCUAAUCGAAGUCUACAAGAGGUAGCAUUGUUUGGCAAAGAUACAAAAGAGGAAAGAUUUCAGCGAAUGAAAGGUUCUUUAUUGGUUGAAUUCUAUACAGUUGGUGAAGAAGACUUCAUGAAUAUCUAACAAUCAUCAGUUGGCUGUUGUCUGAUCUCAUAAAUAAACACACACACACACUGGUUGCCUUUCAUCAACAAAUUAAAUGGUUGUGAUCUGUGAAUGUCGGUACUGUGAUAAAUUACUUUCCUAGUGUUUUUUUUGUAUUGUUUGUAUUUUGCUCUUAUUUGUUCUUUGUACAACUUUUGAUAUUUGCCUUGAAAAAGAAUAUGCCUUUUGUUGUAUUAUUUUAUCUUAUUUUAUUGAUGAAGAAGGGAUUAAAUGGUUAUUACAAAUACAUGUUUAAUGGUGUUGGGCACUUACUUCA